AUGACCUCCACGUUAACUGAUUUGGUCGCCAAGAUGGAUGGCUAUGUUAACUCGUCGACCUACAAACCCUCACCGAACAACCGAGACGUGUUUGACCUCUUGCUUCCUAUUAUUCGGGAAUCAUGCAAGGAGCUGUCAUCUCUCGCCGGACGAGUGACUAUUCUCGAAACUGAAAAUGUCAAACUCAAGGAAAGUUUGAAAGUUGAGCGGGAAAUACGUGAGAGAACAGAUGCGGACCUGCAGAGUGCAAAAGAAACUUUGCGUUCCCUUGUGGAGCAGAUGGAUACCGUACACCAAACCAAUGUCGAAGAACUUGAUCGUAAUAUGGCGAAAUUAAAGAUAUCCAAUAACGAAUCUUUGGACAGAUUAGCCAGCCUCUAUGAACAAGCGAAAGCUGACGACGUCUCCAUGCCGCAACGAACCUACGCAAAGGCAACUUCGUCCUUCUCGGCGCCAUCCCACCGGAAAAGUGUCCUCAUUAUUAGGCCGAAAGGUCACCCCAAUACCGACUUCUCUCGCACAACCACUAAAGAAAUUACCGAUUUCAGCAAGGCCCUUACAACCGCCAUUCCUAAUGGAGCAGAAAAUGCCAACAUAACCGGAACUCGACCCGCAUCCGGCAGGAACAGCACCCUUGCCGACCGCUUGAUAGCCCACUUCAGGCUGGAUUCUCAUCAGCCCACUCCGCCUCCGCCCGCUCUGCCGGAGCCCCAACCGCAGCCAGCUCUACCAACGCUGUCUGGCCUUGGCCUGAGCAAAGAAACUAUUGAGGCCUUGGAGGAGGAGAAUAUCACGGAAAGCCACCACCUGGUCCUCCUCACCCACGCCGAAGUGGAGCAAAUCGUGCAGAAGAUCGGCGACCGUUCCCGCAUUAAACAGUUCCAAGCGUCCCAGCAAGGCUCUCCCACAACAACGCUAAAGGUCACCAGCCAUGCCGGCCAUAAGCGCAACGUGCUGCUGGAUUCUGGCGCAAAGGAGGUCAAAGCAAAGAAGCCACGCCGCUCCCGCUCAGCUUCGCGCUCCAGCGCCUCGGAAUCCUCCCGUAGUUCGUCUUCCUCCUCGUCCAGCUCCGCGUCUAGCACCUCUAGCGCCUCCAGUGGUAAGUCCGAUAAAAUCUUGAAGUCGGAAGCCCGCCGCCUGCGCCGCCCACAUACGCAUGUUUUUGCUCAAGCCCGCCUUGGAGCCAACGGCAAGUCCAAAAGCAAAAUCGGCGCAUUUGAUAUCAAUUUAGACGAGUUCUGGGCCGGAAGCAUGGAGACGCUGAAGACCCUGCUGCAGUCCUCCAGCCCGAAGCAUGCCAAAGUCGCCUUAGAGUACUGCAGCUACCUGAAAAAUGCCGAACAAAUAGCUUCAGCAGAAUGCCACAACUACUCCAGCGCACUUACGGCACAAGCUAAACCAUUUCUGGACACACUGUUCCGCGGUGAGAUCGCCGAGGGGAAAAUUUCCUACUCCCAUAGUAAGCCUAAGCGCGUGCAUGCAAUUGGUGCAGUCCAAAAAGCCGAUUCUGAGAAGUUCCGCCCUAUCACAGACUGUAGCCGCCCAUUCUCGGACAGUUUGAAUUCGUAUAUUUUUCCCGGAAAAUUUUCCCUACAAUCUAUUGACGACGCCCUUGCGCUAAGCAGCUACGCCUGCCAUUACGCCCUGGUCGAUAUCAAGUCUGCUUACCGCCAUGUGCCAGUCUUCCCACCGCAUCGCCAGCUGCAGGGCUUUGCUUGGAGUUUCGACGAACAACCCGAAACUUACUUUAUCGACAACUUCCUGUGCUUUGGACUCUCGAUAGCUCCGUUCAUUUUCUUCCGCUUAUCUUCAGCAGUUGCGCGCUUUAUUCGCCUGAAAGGUUACAAGAUUGUGUGCUACCUGGACGACUUCCUCGUUAUAGGAGAGACAGCUGACCUAUGCACCGCCGCCUUGAGUUGCUUAAUAACUACUCUAACAGACCUGGGCUUUGCCAUAAACUGGGAAAAAGUUAUUUCCGCAACAACUCGCAUCCGAUUCUUGGGCGUCACCCUCGACUCCGUGUCGUUGACCAUUGAGCUACCGCCAGAGAAACUCCAGAACCUCCGCACGGAAACUGGUGUUUUGCUUAGCCGCAAUAAAGCCACAAAGAAGGAACUACAGCAGCUGGUUGGACGCCUUAACUUUGCCGCCAAAGCCAUUUACGGUGCUCGUCCUUUCGCGAGGAUAUUCAUAGACGCCCUUAAACCAUUGUCUCGCCCUAACCACCGCACACGCCUGACGUCGAGUCUAAAGUUAGAACUGCAGUGGUGGCACGAUGUCUCCCUGCUUUAA